AUGAAUGCCUUGUUCAACCAUGCGACAAAGCAGAAAAACCUGCUGCAGCGAGACUUGGCUAAAUUCGAACAGGACCUUACAGUAGCACCGAUUUCGUUACAAGGUUCAAUAACAGCCACUUUAGUAUCAUUCGAAAAGACUAUUCAACAAUAUCAGGAACAUUUGUCGAGAUUUCACACAACAAACUCCGGUGAAGACGAAACCUCAAAGCUGAAAUACGAGACCAGACUCCAGAAUUUGCGAAAUGAGCAUGACACUGCGAAGAAAAGGUUCCAGGAUCUGAAAAAACAGUGUAAUGAAAUCAAUUCCCGGGAAAGACUUCUGAAAUCAAGUAGUAACCCGUUCGACGAAGACUUCACGGUAAACAAACGCAACACAGCAACAUCCAAUGCACUAAACAAUACCAGUAACACUACCGCGAGCUCAUCAUUGCCCUUGUAUCAAGGUUUACAAAAGGAACAGUCUGUUUUUGAACGCGGUAAUGCACACCUUGACUAUAUCUUGGAAAUGGGGCAGCAAUCGCUGGACGACAUUAUUGACCAAAAUGCGGUGCUACAAAAGAUGGAAGAGCAGAUGACUAAAAGUAUGCGGACAUUGGGAAUGUCCAAUGAUACUAUCGCUAAAAUCAACAAACGCGUCUUCAAGGAUAAGUUCAUAUUUUGGAUAGGGUUUUUCCUCAUGCUUUCUGGGUUUUAUUUUGUGAUAAAACUGCUUCGGUAG